CUUCCUCCGCCACCAUUUUGAGAUAAUCUAACGACUCCGUCACUUCAGCCCGUGUCUCGGUUCCUUUGUCUGAAAAUGAGCGACCAGCUUUGUAAACUAUUCGUCGGCGGACUGAACGUGGACACCGACAGCGAUGGCCUGCGCAAGCACUUCGAGCAGUACGGCACCAUGACCGACUGCGUGGUGGUGGUGAACAAGCAGCUGCAGAGGUCGCGCUGCUUCGGCUUUGUGACCUACUCCACACCGGAGGAGGCCGACAACGCCAUGGGGGCUAGGCCGCACACCGUCGACGGCAACUCGGUCGAGGUGAAGCGGGCCGUGGCGAGGGAGGACGCCAACAAACCGGAGGCCCUCGCUAAGGUGAAGAAGAUAUUCGUCGGUGGUCUGAAAGACGAGAUCGAGGAAGAGCACCUGAUGGACCAUUUCAGCCAGUACGGUGAGAUCGAGAAGGCCGAAGUCAUCUCCGACAAGGAGACCGGGAAGAAGAGAGGCUUCGGCUUCGUGUACUUCAACGAUCACGAUGCGGCCGACAAGGCUGUCGUGGUGAAGUUUCACUCCAUCAAUGGCGUCAAAGUCGAGGUGAAGAAAGCUCUGACCAAGCAGGAGAUGCAGGCAUCCGGCAGAGGCGGCAUGGGUAUGAGCCGGGGCAGAGGCAUGAGGGGAAAUCAAAAUGGCUACGGCAACAGGGAGUACGGCGGAAACUACAACUACGGAAAUGGCGGAGGCUACAAUGGCGGCGGUGGCGGCUACGGGGGAUACGGCGGAUAUGGUGGCGGCUAUGGAGAGCAGGGGAGUGGUUACGGUGGUGGAAACGGCUACAACGAGUUUGGGAGCGGUUACGGCCAGCACUCCUCCGGCUACGGCCCCAUGAAAGGGCCCUUCGGCGGCCAAAGGAGCGCGGCUCCCUACACCAGAGGCGGCGGCGGCGGUGGCUACCAGAGGGGGGGCUAUGGCGGCGGCUACUGAACGAGACUGCACAAUGGAAACCCGACCACCCAUCCCCCGCCUCAAGCGACCUCCAGCCUAAACUCAAAUUCAGUUACGGGGCGUCUGUCGUGAAACCCAACCAUGGCAGAGAUAUGGACACAGAGACCCCCUCUAAUCAUAACGAAGACCCCAAACAGGUAGGAAGGUCACUUCCCAGAAAGCCUGAUAAUACCGAGCAGCUGUUUGCCGUUCUACUAGGACACAUAAACAAGAAUAAAACACACAAUGAUCCCUUUUAUGGACCCACACAGACGCCAGUGUGGUUGUCGAUUAGAUCAUUAAUUUUUUUAUUUGCGUUCACUCGUUGUUUUUUGAAAAGCUUUUCAAUGUAGGAUUGUUUUUUGCUGACAUUUUUAAAAGCAAUUUAGAUUAUACUUUGUUUCCUGGAGUAAACUAGUGUCAUUUCAAUGUAUGAGGAUGAGAAAGCAUGUUAUGUGGAUUUUGGAUUUCAUAGCUGUGUUAUUCUGAUAAAACACCGAUUUGUAUGAUUAUUUACUUUGGGUCAUUCAGGCGGGAACGUGAUACUGCAGGAUCCAGUUUCCUUGUUUCCUUUCCCUUAUAUUGUAUUCAAACUCCUCACGCAUAGUACUAGUUUCAACUUAAGUAUUGUUCAUUUUUCCAUUUACCUGUAGCAAUAUCUAAUGUAUAUUGUAUACUUUCAUGUCUUGAGAUCGAAUCUACUGUUAAAACACUUUGGUAUGCUUAUGUAUGUUCAUUUUAAAUAAAACGUUAUACCACUUAG